AUGUUCGCUUUUGCCUCUCUCUCGAUCUUUGCCAGUCUGGUGACUGCAAUUCCACUCAUUGCACGUUCUCCUUCUCCAUCUUGCACAAUUACUUCCAUCGACGAUGUAGCCGCUUGCAAGAAGUCCUGCACGGAUAUCUCCAUUGGGGAUUUUACCGUUCCUGCGGGGCAAACACUCGAUUUGACUGAUCUCCUCACAGGGACCACCGUUACGUUCACAGGAACUCUUUGUUUUGGCUAUAAAGAGUGGACUGGGCCACUCGUGUCGGUUAGCGGAACAGAUGUUCAUAUAGUUGGGGCUCCCGGAUCUGUUCUUGAUGGCGACGGAGCGAGAUGGUGGGAUACCAAGGGAGGCAAUGGUGGCAAAAAAAAGCCCAAAUUCUUCGCCGCACACGGAUUGAAGUCGUCCUCGAUUACCGGAUUAACUCUCAAGAACACCCCCGUUCAAGCUUUCAGUAUCAGUGGGGUUGAAGAUCUCCUCCUGUCUUCGAUUACCAUUAAUAACAAGGAUGGAGAUGUCAAUGAUUUGGGACACAACACUGACGCUUUCGACGUCGGAAGUUCCGAUGGUGUUACUAUUGAGGGUGCAACAGUCUACAACCAGGACGAUUGUUUGGCCGUUAAUUCAGGAAGAAACAUUAACUUCCUGAAUUGCUUCUGCUCUGGCGGACACGGUAUUUCAAUCGGUAGCGUUGGUGGAAGGAAAAACAACGAAGUCCGUGGGGUCACCAUCAAGGACUCUACAGUUGUCGACUCGGAUAAUGGUAUAAGAAUAAAAACUGUCAGCGGUACUACCGGUUCCGUCAGUGAUGUCACGUACUCCGGAAUUACGCUCAAGAACAUCUCGAAACGCGGAAUUGUCAUUCAGCAAGACUAUGAGAACGGAAGUCCUACUGGAGUACCUACUGACGGGGUUCCUAUCACCGACUUAACGAUCACCAACGUGAAGGGUACCGUUACUUCCUCUGCGACGCAGAUCUAUGUCCUUUGCGCACAGGAUGCUUGCUCCGACUGGGAGUGGAGUGGAGUCGAAAUUAGCGGAGGAAAGUAUUCGGACUGUAAGAAUGCUCCUAGCGGAACAUGCUAG